AUGUUCAGCAGUCUGCCCGCGGGUGAACGAGCUCUUGACGCGACACGGAAGCUUUUAACCCCGCUACAACAGGGUCUGGCCAAAGCAGUCGGUAUCGAAACGACCAGGGACGACAUGGCGCAGAAUGCUCCUUGCUCUGAUGUAACCGUCAUAUUCGCUCGAGGCACAACCGAGCCGGGCAACGUUGGCUUGGUGACGGGGCCACCGUUUCUCGAUGCUUUAUCCGAGCAACUCGCCGGGAGGUCCCUCAGUGUCCAGGGUGUUGAGUAUCCCGCGACGUUUGCCGGGUUCAACAAGAACGGCACAGAAGGUGUACCGAGCAUGACCGCCUUUAUCAACCAAGCCGUCACCAGUUGCCCCAACACCAAGAUUAUCAUGUCUGGCUACUCUCAGGGCGCUCUGGUUGUCCGUAGUACUGCCGAUUCGCUGCCUGCGGACACUAUGUCGAAGAUCAACUCGGUGGUGACGUUUGGGGACCCGCGAAACCAGACUCCUAUCACUGGCGGCGAGGGCAAGACGAUGGUGGUCUGCCUCCCGGACGAUGCCGUCUGUAGCGGCGGAUUCAUCAACAUUGCUCAUCUGACCUACGGCUCCGAAGCACCUGCAGCUGCCCAGUUUGUGGUAGAACAGGCUGCUAGAGCAUAG